UUUCUCAUCUCUUCUUUUUCCUCUCUCUCUCUUUUCUUUUCUCUCCUUUUUCUUCCUCUCUUUCCUUUUUCUUCUGGUAAUACGUGGAUUCGAUCGAUGUCAGUCCUCUUGCUCCUUGUUUCUAUUGAAAUCCUUGUUUGCUUGUUUUAUUUUGGUCAAUUUUCUCUUUGUUUGUUUCUCUAUCUACUUCUCGUUUUUCUUUCUCUCUCUUUGUAGAAGGCCCUUUGACGUUACCUUUGUAGAUAAAAUGAGUUUGCUUGUGGUCGGUAUUGACAGUUCCAUUGGUUUUUUCAACUCCAACAAACUUGUUCGAGUUUUUGGCUUUCCACUGCCGCGUCAUUAUUUUUCGGCCCAUGAAGUAGUUUUUUCAUUAUUAGAGCAUCUCCAAAAGAUGUGUCAAACGUGCCACAUAGAUAUUCAACAGCUAGAAAUAACAUCUCACAUCACUCCAACCAAUAUGUCAAAGCUGAUGUGGAAUGAAGGCUGUAGGUUAAGAUGUUAUUUUGGACAUCCCAAAAGCAAGAUGUCAAAUAAAUAUUUUCUUUUCUUUUCUUUUCUUUUCUUUUCUUUUUAAUUAAAAAUGAAUCAACACUAAAAUGUAAUAAAAUAAUAAUUUAAUUUGACAUAUCUAGUGGAGUGUAAAGUUGUGUAAGAUGUCAAAUUACCACAUCAGCCAUCAAAUUUAAAUUUGAUGUUUAAUAUUUAACAUCUCCCUUGUAGAUGCUCUUAGUCUUCCUUAAUUUGGUUUAUUGUGUAAUGGGCCUUGAUAUUGGCUUAGUCCAUGCCCACGGGAUAAGAAAUUUUGGUGGUGUUCCAUUGAAAAAUUCAAACUAAUUCGAUUGUACGUUUAUGAUCGGCAGUUAACUUAAUAUAUGGUGUUGUUCCAUUGUUAAAAUUGAAAGGAGUUCGGUUGCAUCUGAUCGAAUUUUUCACAAAAUGGAAGGGGGAACCCUAAAUCAAAUUUAACGGUUUUUAUUUGAAAACUAACGAAAGGGAGAACCUUGGUAAUGAAAUGGAAGUUCAGGGGGCAAACUGAGACUAUUUAGAAACCACAUAGGGUGUUUCAACAAAUAAAGUUAUUCCUAAUUUAUUUUAUAUAUUUUUAAACAUUUUAAAUAAUUUCAGGUAUUUUUUUAUAUUUUAUUUUUAAUAGUUAAAUUUACUAAAAUACCCAUGUCACGAUGAUUUAACGAUUUUUAUCUAAAAACACACGUAAUGGGGCAACCUUAAUCACAUAAUAAAAUUUCAUGAAGAAUUUGAGUCAUUUAAAACAUCAUAGGGCAAACUGAAACUAUUUAAAACAGCAUGGGCAUUUCAACAAAUAAGCAUAAUUAUAAAAGGAUUCUAAAUGUUUGGGCGUGUGUCCCAUUUUACCCAAUUUCCUUUUUCUUUUUUCUUUUUUUUUUUCUUUUUUUGCCAGUGUAAAUAGCUUUUGGCUUCUCCAAUUCUGACAUGACAUUGGCGCGCGAGACUUGGAAUGUUGCAAGCCAAGCCAUCUUUUCAUUACGCGACUUCAUCACUUUCCUCUCUCCCUCUAUCUUUCCAUUUCAUCACUUUCGACGCUCAGUUUCUUCUUCGAAACCUUACUUCCACGUUCGGUCUUCUCCAUCGCUUUAGCUCACUUUCAGCUUGGGAUCGACAAGUCUAGCCCUGAUCUUGAAUACAGAAUCGUAAGAGAAGAUGUUUGGUUCUACUAACUGUUCGUCUGGUUUUGGUCAGAAGCCUGUUUUUGGAGCAUUUGGGUCCAAUCCUACGCAACCAAGUCUUUUUGGAAGCACAACUCAGCCAUCACAGCCAGCAUUUGAGAGCAGUUUAGUUGGUUCCUCCACAUCAUUUGGUAUAUCAAGUCAGCCAGCAUUUGGUGCUACCGCCACCCCAGCCUUUGGUGCUACAAGUAGUCCAGCCUUUGGUGCUACAAGCAUCCCCCCAGCCUUUGGGGCUACAAGCAGUCCAGCCUUUGGUUCCACAACAAGUCCUACGUUUGGAAGCACAGGAUCUGCAUUUGGGGUGUCAAGUUCCUCCUUGUUUGGAUCUACGGGAGCAUUUGGAGCUUCAAGCACCCCAGCUUUUGGUUCAUCUGGAUCCACCGUUAGUACUUCAAGCAAUUCGGGUUUUGGUGCGUCAAGUGCUCCAGGUUUUGGAAGCACAACUCAGCCAUCACAGCUAGAAUUUCGGAGCAGUAUAUUUGGUUCCUCCACAGCAUUUGGUGGAUCAAGUCAGCCAGCAUUUGGUGCUACCACCACCCCAUCCUUUGAUGGUACAAGUAGUCCAGCCUUUACCUCCCCAGCCUUUGGUGCUACAAGCACCUCCCCAGCCUUUGGGGCUACAAGCACCUCCCCAGCCUUUGGGGCUACAAGCAGUCAGGCCUUUUGUUCCACAACAAGUCCUACGUUUGGAAGCACAGGAUCUGCAUUUGGGUCCAAUCCUACUCAACCAAGUCCUUUUGGAAGCACAACUCAGCUAUCACAGCCAGCAUUUGAGAGCAGUAUAGUUGGUUCCUCCACACCAUUUGGUGGAUCAAGUCAGCCAGCAUUUGGUGCUACCACCACAGCAGCCUUUGGUGCUACCACCACUCCUGCGUUUGGUGCUACCACCACUCCUGCGUUUGGUGCUACAAGCAGCACCCCAGCGUUUGGUGCUACAAGCAUCCCCCCAGCCUUUGGGGCUACAAGCAGUCCAGCCUUUGGUUCCACAACAAGUCCUACGUUUGGAAGCACAGGUUCUGCAUUUGGGGUGUCAAGUUCCUCCUUGUUUGGAUCUACGGGAGCAUUUGGAGCUUCAAGCACCCCAGCUUUUGGUUCAUCUGGCACCCCAGCGUUUGGUGCUACGACCACCCCAGCGUUUGGUGCUACGACCACCCCAGCGUUUGGUGCUACAAGCACCUCGGCUUUUGGUGCUACUAGCACUCCAGGUUUUGGUGCGUCAAGUGCUCCUGGUUUUGGUUCAUCUAUUACUCCAUCUUUCAGCUUUACGUCAGCUCCUGCUUUUGGCCAAUCAAAUUCUACAUUCGGUAGUGCCUCAUCUCCAUUUGGGGCACAGAGUUCUCCAUUCGGAGCUCAGCCAACACCAUUGGGGAACAAUACCUUUGGGCAGUCAGCUUUUGGGGGCCAACAACGUAGGGGUAGUAGAAUGGCUGCAUAUACAGAAACUCCUGAACCAGAUGGUGGUAGUGGGGAUACUGCUGCAAAAUUGGAUUCAGUAUCAGCAAUGCAUGUAUAUAAAGACAAAAGUCACGAAGAACUUCGCUGGGAGGAUUAUCAAUUGGGGGAUAAAGGUGGUCCAGCUCCUGCAGGUGGGAGUGGCUUUGGCAUGUCUACGGCACAACCAAACUCUUUGAAUACUGCGUCAUCAUUUCCUCAAGCAUCCACAAGCCCUUUUAAUACCGCAACUGGACCUAAUUUGUUUACUGCAAAAACUCCAUCCUUCUCUUCCACUGGCUUUGGAACAUCGUCUACACCAUUCAGUUCAUCAUCUUUUGGUUCAUCCAGUACUCCAUCUUUCUGCUUUUCAUCAGCUCCUGCUUUUGGCCAAUCAAAUUCUACAUUUGGUAGUGCCUCGUCUUCUUUUGGAGCACAGAGUUCUCCAUUCGGAACUCAGCCAACAACAUUGGGGAACAAUGCCUUUGGGCAGUCAGCUUUUGGGGGCCAACAACGUGGGGGUAGUAGAGUAGCUGCUUAUGCGGAAACUCCUGAACCAGAUGGUGAUAGUGGCUAUACUGCUGGGAAAUUGGAGUCAAUAUCAGCAAUGCCAGUAUAUAAGGACAAAAGUCAUGAAGAACUUUGCUGGGAGGAUUAUCAAUUGGGAGAUAAAGCUCCUGCAGGUGGGAAUGGCUUUGGCAUGUCUAUGUCACAACCAAACCCUUUGAAUACUGCACCGUCAUUUUCUCAAGCAUCUACAAGCCUUUUUAAUACCGCAACUUCAUCUAGUUUGUUUGCAACAAAAACUCCACCCUUCUCUUCUACAGGCUUUGGAACAUCGUCUACACUAUUCAGUUCAUCAUCUUUUGGGUUUUCUAUUUCAUCCAGUAUUUUACCCCAUCAUCAUCUCAUUCAGGUUUUGGGCAAACCUCAUCUCCAUCUCUCUUUAGUUCAUCAAUGCCAUCCGCAUUUUCAUUUUCUGCUUUAGCUCAAACAUCAAAUUCCACAUUUAGUACGGGACUAUUCAAUUCCACUGCUCCAGUUGCACCGACAGGUAGUACUUUUGGACUAAGUACCACUUCGGUUGGAUCUGGGCAUGGAUUUUUUAUUUCAAGUACCCCAGCUUCUGGUUCCUCUAGCUCCACUUUUGGUACUUCAAGCAAUCCUACUUCUGCGGCUUCAAAUACCCCUGGAUUUGGUUCUUCAUGUACUCCAUCUUUCAGCUUUUCAUUCCUUCCUUCUUUUGGGCAGUCAUCUUCUACAUUUGCUAGCAGCCAAUUUGGUCCUUCAUGUCCUUCUGGAUCGCACAGUCCUCCAUUUGGAAUACCUCAUUGUGGGCAUGCGCUCAAUCAACAAGGAAUAUAUAGGAAUACCUCGUUGUUUAUUGUUUCAUUGUGGACAUCAGCUUGUGGGGGCCAAUUUGGGGGAAGUAGAGUGGCUCCUUACACUGAAACAGCUGGACCAGAUGGUAGUUCAUCAAGUGGGGUAUACCAGUCAAUAUGCGGGAUGCAGAUUUAUGGAGACAAAAGUCAUGAGGAACUGAGAUGGCAGGAUUAUCAAUUUGGGGGUGGACGGGCUCUUGGUAGUGGGAGCUGCUUUGCCUUGUCUACUACCCAGUCAAACCUUUUGAAUCCUGAUCCAGCAUUUAUUCAAACGUCUUCGAGUCUUUUGAAUACCUCUUCUCUACCUAAUAUGUUUGCUCCACAAAUUCCAGUCUUUACUCCUACAGCCUUUGGAGCCUCAUUUACACCAUUGAUUUCACCCAAUCUGUUUUCAUCUCUGUCUCUUUUUAUUUCAUCAGCCAUGCCUACAUCUACAGUUGCAUUUCCUGCUCCAGCUCCAACAACUUCCACAUUUAAUUCCGGCACAAUCAAUUCUACAUCUUCUAUUGCACAAACAGGUGGUACUGCUGGACUAACUACCACUCCCUUUGGUGGGCUGUUUACAAUUCCCUCUGGUAAUGCACAUAUAUCCCAUAGAGAGAGGUUUCCAUUAGAGGAAAAAAGGAGGUUGCCGAUUAUGAAUGCAAGAAGGCGUAAUCACAAGAAAAAUGAUCAAAAUGUGAGAAUGAUGCCUUCUGGUGAGAAUAAUUUUUCUUCUACGAGCUAGUGUGAACUUUGUGUUCACACCUUUUUGCUUCUUUUUUUUCUUUUUCUUUUUUUGCAGGGCCCUUCUUCUUCUUUCCCUUCCCGGCCAUAGGCGGUGCACAUGCAAAACUAGCAGAUGCUAUCCACUUCCUACAAGAAGCAUUGCUUUAGGUGUUUAGUUCAAUCGAAUAGGAUUUUUGAUGUAACUAGUUAAGCUGUAGUUGGCAUUUUCAGGACAAAUUUCUGUGCAGGAUGGUCAUUGACUUGGCAAAUUUAUAAAUUUUUUGUUUUUGGUCAA